AGGAGAUAUAUGUUUAUUGUGAAUGAAUAUUAGUUAUGUUUACAAGCCUCCUAUAAGGAGUAUAUAUAGGGAAAAUCCGGGUCUAGGCCUCUAAUAUGGGCCUGACAGACCCGAUUACAUAAAUGGACUGAUAGUGUAAAAAGCUAAUUUAGAACAUCUGAAUAAUAAUAAUGUACAAUAAUAAGAAUCCGCUAAACGUGUGUGGGCCGCUGUCCAAGCCCAAUAGUCAGCAGACUGGGGGGUCGCAGUCCAUAUACUCCAACAGGAGUCCCCCACUCUCUGAGUCGAGAGUACUCGAGGCAAAAGAGAGUAGUCCACAAUUGUAUCUGCAACGUUCUUCUGUCUUUGGUUUCUUCCUCUCCGGCCGGGGGACCACCACCCUUGUCCAUGAUGGGGAAGUACCUCGUUAAAAACCUUUACUAGGAAAAAACUCAGUGGGAAAAAAUCCUAAUAAAGGGAAAAAGAGUACACCUAACGCCCCCAACAUGAAACAAGGAAGGUAGGCCCCCUCCGGCAUAAUCGCUUUUGUCUAGCUCAACCCGUCUUCAUCUGACUCAUCUCUCGUUCCUGCUCAUGUGUGAUAUUUUCUCCUCAUCUAGGAACUCUGACUCCUAAGUCCCCCAGUCCCUACUCUUUGAGGCGAGUGGAGAUGAGGUGAAAAUGAGUAAAGUCACCUUUGUACCUACACAUUUAACAUACAUGUGAUCACUUGCCCCGCCAUUUUACUGUCACUAAAUUUUGUGUCACUUGCCCCGCCAUUUUUUUAUAAAAAAAUUUAUAAAUUUUUUUCUCUUGGGAUUUAUGUUUCCGAUCGGGAGUUCGUUACUUGAAACAAGUAGAAAUGUGAAUUGUUAAUGUAAUGAUAAAAUACGUAGUAGAAUGGUUGUGUGAGCCAUUCGUAAGCAACUGUCUCCAUUCGAGGAAUGUCUAAGACCGGUCUUCGUGCCCGACUUGGUCGGGGCUUUGUCUUCGUGCCCGACUUGGUCGGGACUUUGUGCCUGAUCUUGGUCAGGGCUUUAAAUCCUAGUGAUGGGUCCCAAACCACACUCUACUAGGCAUUUGAUCAUAAGUGCGUGAUAGUGUGAUAUUCACCCGACAAAAAAUGAUUUAAAUAAAUAUAAAUAAUAUAAAAAUUAAAGAGUACUUAUCUUUUUGAAGUGGGCUGGAUAUAUUGGACUAAUUGGAAAGAAUAAUAUUCAGCUGAUUCCUUUGGGCUCAUUCGAAUUUGUGAAAAACUAACAACAUGUAGUUGAUUAGUGCUACCUGGCCCAUAUUCAUUUCCAGCAGCGUUUAGGUAUGGAAGAAAAGUCUUCCGCUGGCCUCGAUGAUAUCCAAAUUCCAAAGUGCUGGAGGAGACUCACUUUGCCCUUGUUGCUGCUGGAAAUGGAGAAUAGAGAGAUGAUGCUGGAAAAAGGUGGAGAAGCUGCUGGAGAGGGUAUGACCUUUUGCCCGCUUCCGCUCGACUCACAGCUUGGCUGGAGGGGUCGAUUCGCUAGAGGGGACUUCGUCCAUCGUCGCUACCUGCCGGAGAAACUCACUGAAGAUCCAACCGUCAAGCGGACAGCCCCUCCAGUCCUCCUGUCGUUGUUUUACGGUCUGAAGAAAGAGGGACCUGCUGCUGAUAGUCCCUCAUCCGGCUUGACGGAAGGGAAGAUGAAGAAAACAGUCAUAGCUUCUAAAACAUGGGUUUCAAAAACUUCGAACCGCCAUUAAUGGAGAGGUUGAGGAUCAAGCGGCUGCUAGCAUGGUAAAUGGGCGAGCGGCACCCAACUAGAUCGAGGAGUUAGCUGCUAGGGGACUAACGGCUGCCGCGGCCACACUACUGGUUGCCUGGCUGCCUCAAGCAUGCUUGCUUCCUCAGAUCUGUUGGGCUCAGACGAGAUUCUUCCAUUUCACCGUGACUACUGAGGCUGGCCGGUUCUGCUGGAGUCUGGAUGUCGCCGAGAAUGCUCCAGAUCUGGAAAUUUCCAGAUUUCAUUUUUUGUAGGAUUCAGAACAAUUUUUUUGGUGAUUCUUUGUGAUUUGGGUAGAGUUUUUGGUUAAGCGGGGAGAGUUUCUUACUUGAUUGUGUUCAAACUCUCAACGAUAGCACCAUUGUUGGAUAAUUGAUACUCAUACUGUAUAAACAGAAGAGAUUGAACAAAGAAUAUGGAGAAGGAGAUAUAUGUUUAUUGUGAAUGAAUAUUGGU